AUGUUUAAUUCGGAUAAGGCCAUGUUUCAUAUAGGGCUCAUUCCAGAUCGAUGGUAUAAUGAAAAGUUUUCUGAUUUUCAAGAAGAACCUGCAAUUACAAUUUUUAGCGAAAAGAACACUGUUAAACCUAUGUAUAAACAUCAAGUUAGGCCAGAUUUUAGCCUAUUACAUGAGAUUCAUCAUACACAAGCAUUUUUGGAAACUAUUAAGCAAAAUUUAUCUCAUCAAGCCAAAUAUAAUCAAGGUUUUGGCUACACAAAGAAAGCAAUUAGACUAGCUCUUGAAAUAGGCUGUGAAGACAAAUUAAAUAACAUGUUGCAAAGGUGGAUAAAAGAGAAGGAAAAUGAAACUAAUUUUAGGCAACUAGAGAUUAACAAAGAAAAUCUGCCGAAUAUUAGUGACCCUUAUCAGACGCGUACAAAAGGUGCUCUAAAAAAACGUAUAAAGAGAGCAUUAAAAGGAAAUCAAAAGCAAAAGUCAAGUGGAAUUGCUAGUACUCAUCGAUCGCACGGCACCAGCGGUACCAUUGGCACCGGGGUUACUACUAUGGCUGAAUCUUCAUCAUGUGGGUGGCGUAAAACUAGGGAUGGGAGCGACUCUAUCGCGUAG